GAUUCUGCCUAUGGUGUUCCUGUGCCUCACAGCUGUGCUGCCUCURUCCACUGGGCAGGAACCUGCAGCUCUCGAUGCUCUGUCAAGUAGCAGAGCAGAACAGCAAAAGCUGAUUGUUGACAGACAUAAUGCCCUCAGGAGAGGAGUAAAACCAACUGCCAGCAACAUGAUGAAGAUGGAAUGGAGCCCUCCAGCWGCAGAGAAUGCCCAAAAUUGGGCCAAUCAAUGCACUUUAGGGCACAGCCCUCCUAAUAUGAGGAGAACGAAUGUAACUUGUGGUGAAAAUCUCUACAUAUCCUCUGCCCCAGUCCCAUGGACAAACGCUCUUCAGGCUUGGAGCAAUGAGGAGAAGAAUUUCARAUAUGGAACUGGAGCAAAAACAAAAGAUGCUAUGACUGGCCAUUACACUCAGCCAACCCUUGAAAGUUUGAAGGCACUUUUUUCCAACACUCUUGGCAAAGUGUCCAGGAUGCAUCCAGAGCUUUGUCAAGUCCACUGCCCUGCUCCUGCCAAUGCAAAACUGAAAUAAAAUAACAAGCUCAGCUUUUGCCUUCCGGGACUCCAUCCCCUUAAUGACUUCUUUCACAAAAACUUCAGUGCAGUGACUCACACAAGGAAGAGGAUGUGCAUAUUCUUUUUAUAUAAUGGUCUAGAACGUGGUAAUUCAAAUUUGUUUUUGGAUGCCAUAUAUAUAUAAUAUUUAGUUUUCUCUUUUUUUUUUUUUUUUUCCAAAAGUGUUACCUAACAAACUUCCUUUUAAAAUUCUGUGAUUUCGUGUGUUUACUAUGUUCCUGGCAUAGAUGGAUAGAGCUUGGUCAUGUAACUUGAUUAAACUACUUUUAACUUGAUUGAAAUUUUAAAUUGUUGUACUGUUAAUGGGACCAGAGGAUAAACAGGAUUGUUUGAAAUAUGUAAUUCUUAAAAAAAAAAUUAGAAGAGCAGAACAGUUUCCUCUAGAACUAUUCUGGUUUAGAAUCUGUUGCUGACAUAUGUUCUACUGUAAAAUGCUCAGUUGUGAAAAAACACUGAAAAAUACCCCAAAACUAAUCCCAAUAUAGUUCAUUUAAAUUAACAAUCUUGUUUACAAUGUGAGAUUGCACUUAAAUACAGGUAACGAAACCUGACUUGUAAUGAAAAAGGACUGUCUGAGAAAAGGGUUUAAUCCACAAUUAAUCAAAAGGGGGAAGGUCCAUGCUUUUGGAAAUUUUGUUUUUAAUAACAAGUAGAGUUGUCUCCCAAAAUGUUUUUUUCAAUAUCUUCCUUUGCUGUAUCAGUCAUUMAAUUACUCAUUCUUCACUGACCAAUCCAUUGUAAUUUUGAUUCUUUCUUACCUUGAAAUAAAAUUCACUAAGUUACUUUGUGACUUUAUUGGCACUGGGUGUUGAAGGGAGCCUAAAUCUUUAGCARCAGAAGCAGACACAGCUCAGGUGAGACUUCCUAGGCAAAAGGCAGAAUUCAAGGAUCCAACCUCCUAUCAGAGAGAAAUAAUUAGCAUAAAUAACCUGCAAUCCCCACUCUGUGACCUUUGG